CGUGUGGCGAAACAGACAACAUGGCAGAGGACAUCCCUGUGGAAGACUACCCUACUGAGAUUGAGGAGCAGCUCACAGGGUUUGAGUCAUCAGUCGGUACUGUCAACAACAUGGUGCAGACCAUCCUAUCCAUGCCAAGAAAUGAGCUGGUGCAAAAACUGGAUCCUCUGGAACAAGCCAAGCUGGACCUAAUGUCUGCAUAUAGCCUCAACUCUCUUUUCUGGAUGUACUUGGUCACACAAGGAAUAAACCCCAAAGAACAUGCAAUCAAACAAGAGUUGGAGAGGAUCAGGACAUAUAUGAACCGUGUGAAGGAGAUCACUGACAGGAGGAAAGCAGCCCGUCUGAACAAAGCAGCUAUGUCUCGCUUCCUCAGGAACGCAUUGUGGAAACUUGAGGAAGGGAGGUCAAAGGACACGCCGGGUUGUGCCCCCCAGGACACGCCGGGUUGUGCCCCCCAGGACACGCCGGGUCGCACCCCCCAGGACACGCCGGGUCGCGCCCCCCAGCACACGCCGGGUCGCGGCCACCGCACUCCAGGUCGCGGCCACCGCACUCCAGGUCGCGGCCACCGCACUCCAGGUCGCGGCCACCACACGCCAGGUCGCGGCCAGCACAAAAGCGUUGAUGGCCAUCAGUCAAAAGGACCCAAACUCAGCUGAGAGGAGGUAGUGCAACACCAGGGGCUGUUUCCUUGCUGGCCUCUACCACGUUUCCUUGGCCCCCUUUUCUAUGUGCACCUGUCUGAAAGGACCUGAUAGGUGCAAGCAGCACCUUAUCACUUGUUACCAUGGACACGUGACUCAUGAGCCACUAGUGUUUUUGUAAUGAACACACACAUACACAUUUUUUUGUGCACAAAUAGAAGUUCAUCAAAUUGUUUUAGUUUAUUUUCACUCUUCAAACAUUUUAAAGAAGUCAUUGUCAUAACAUCAGAUAAAAUGUCUGGAUGAUCUAGAUGUUCUACCAGCCCUAUUAUCUUAGACUAGAACUAGAUACUUUUUAUAUGCAUCUGUUUAAUUUAGACAUCAGAACUUUGUUUUUGUUGCCUACUGUGAUUGAAGAAUGCCACUCUGGAAAACGUCUCCAGGCGACGCUCGUGAUCAUGUCAAUGUAGAUCCGACAUGUCGCCCGUGUUUAGAAAGUAUUCCGUUUUGGUUGGUAAACACUGUCUUAUGUCUGUAUUGGAUCUAUCUUGUUUCUGUCUGUUUCAACUGACAACUAUAAAGUCUUUAUUGAUGC